AGUAUGGCCCUUGGUUUUUGGAUUUUGGAAUUUUGAGGUUUGGAAAAUGAAUUUUGGGUAGAGGCUUUUGGAGAAUUUUAGGUGAAGGGAUGCUAAACAGGGAGAAGAGGUGGAUUAGGGGGGCUUUAUUGUGAGAGUUUUGGGAAGUAUUAUUAUAAUCAUUUCUUGAUACAUCGCCGCAUGAUUCCUUUUACAUAAAACAACAGCUAUUUUGCUGAAUUCCUGUUUCAGAAUUAAUUUCUUUUUAUAGACCACAACAAAUGAACAAUUUUUAUUACGACAACUAUGAUAUGACUCCAAUGUGUCCUUCAUCAAGCAUGAACUGACAAAGCACACCUUUGAGCCUUCCAGUACCACCAGACUUCUUUGCUUCUGGGAUGAACAACCAAGAAGGAAUGCAGGCUCUGCAGUUUCAAUAUGACUGUAAUCCAAUAGUAAACUCUCCAUUUGUUAAGCUGACUGCAGAUUCAGUAAGCCAAUUGGCGCCUCUCAAUGAUCUGUCCCAAUACUGAUUUGGUGACUGCCAUUUGAAUAAAAGUCAGGGCCUAGCUCAGAAUGAAGUGGCUCAGCCCUCAUAUCUCCCUGAUUCAUUGGCACAGACUAUUCCUAACGGAAAUAUUUCUGACAAAAGAAGGAAUCAGAUUGAGUACGAUAGAGAGCAAGAAAUAGAAGCCUUGACUUUAGAUAAAGAUGAGAAAUAUUUCCAUCUUCUCAAGCCCUAUCAUUACCAGAGGGUGCAGCAUGGAGAUAACAUCGUAAGGAAGGUGACAUACACCUAUAUAUGCAAGUAUGAUAACUGCAAUAAGACAUUUGCCAAAGCUUGCAAUUUCUUGGACCACGUUCGCAUGCAUGAAGGAAUCAAACCGUACAGCUGAAGCAGAUGCUCUAAAGAGUUUGUCCAGAAGUGCAACUUGAAGAAACAUUUUAAGAGGCAUCUCACUAAGACUCUGGAUGAAAGAAAAGUAUACAAAUGCUCGAUCUGUCAGAAAGGGUUCACAGAACGUUAUAAUCUCAAGACUCAUAUGAAGAUGCAUUCCUAAGGAGUGAUCAGGAAGAGAGAGUACAUCAAGAGGAGUGGCUUAACUUGCUUGUUAAUCCAUCAGUCCCUUAUAAUUUAAUUC